GGGCGGGUCCCUCUGUCAGGGAGUCUGCUCUCACCUGGUUUCUCUCAGAGCCUGGACAGAGGAGCUGGCUGCAGCCCGGGAGUCCUGCCCCCUGCUCAGUGUGUUGUAGGGACCCCAGGCUUUCCUCUUCCCUCCUGGGAGGCAGAGCUCAGCCCUCCCAUUUCUGGGGAGGGUGUGCCCUCUAGUGUGGGGGACAGUGCAUGCCCAGGAGGCUGCUGGAGGAGGAGGGUGGGGCAGAGGUCAAGACUGGAAACUGGCCAGUGAGGGUGAGCCCUCUGCGCCCUGAGCUGUGGGCUGGGACGGCACAGGACCCACAGGGUCACCAUCCCCACUCUCCAGUCGGUGUCUGAGACCACAAGAGGAUGCUGCGGUGGCUUCUUUUCUUCUCUGCUCUGGGUCUCAGAGCUUGGGAUGUCUCCACCAUGGUGUCACACAAGGAGUGGGGAGAUGAAGAUGUGGGCUGCAGCACCCAGCUGACCAGGCCAGUGAAUUUCCUUGUCACGCACCACAUCCCUGGGCUGGAGUGUCACCACCAGACCACGUGCAGCCAGAGGCUGCGGGAGCUGCGGGCCUACCAUGUGCACAACAACAGCUGGUGCGGCCUGGCCUACAACUUCCUGGUCGGGGACGAUGGCCGGGUGUAUGAAGGUGUGGGCUGGAACGUCCAGGGCAUGCACACCCAGGGCUACAACAACAUCUCCUUGGGGCUCGCCUUCUUCGGCACAAAGGAAGGCCACAGUCCCAGCCCUGCCGCCCUGUCAGCAAUGGAGGGUCUGAUUGUCCACGCGAUACUGAAGGGCCACCUGUCUCCCAUGUUUGUUCAGCCACUUCUUGUGAAAGGCGAGAAUUGCCUGGCCCCUAAGCAGAAGGAGAGUCCCAAGAAAGCAUGCCCCAUUGUCCUGAGGUCUGCUUGGAAGGCUAGAGAAACCCACUGCCCCAAGAUGAGCCUCCCAGCCAAGUACGUCAUCAUCAUCCAAACCGCAGGGAGAACCUGCCACAUGUCUGAUGAGUGCCGUCAGUUAGUCCAAGAUAUCCAGUCCCUCUUCAUGGACAAAUAUGAAGCCUGUGACACUAGGUAUAAUUUCCUUGUGGGCCAGGAUGGCGUCAUUUAUGAAGGAGUGGGCUGGAAUGUCCAAGGCUCCCACACCACUGGCUACAAUGACAUUGCCCUGGGCAUUGCCUUCAUGGGUACCUUCUCAGGUGCCUCACCCAAUGCUGCAGCCCUAGAGGCAGCCCAGGACCUGAUCCAAUGUGCUGUGAACAAGGGGUACCUGAUUCCCAACUACCUCCUGGUGGGGCAGAGUGAUGUGGCCAAUACCCUGUCUCCUGGGCAGGCCUUGUACGACAUCAUUAAAUCUUGGCCUCAUUUCAAACACUGAGGGAGCCCCUGGUCCUUCUGACACUGCUGCCCCCAAUCCCAAUUGGCUGCUGGGCCUUCCCAGACCUCACCUCCACUCUGACACAACAUCUCCUGUCCCCUUCCUGUCAGCCCCGCCCCGACCCUUUUCUCAGGCUGGUAUGCUCCUGUCCUGCUAGCGCCUCCCAGGACCCUCACACCCCAGAGCCCAGCGCUGCCAGCGCAGACGCCUCUGAGUCUGGCCCCAGUUGUCCCCUCUGCUCACCUUCCUCUCCCUGGGCACACGGCCCCUCAGUCAGGUGAGGGUUGGUUCCCACUGGACUUCUUGCCACUUUGGUGUGUGCCCCUGUGCCUAGAACGCAUGUCCUGCUGGGUGCCCCGCCACCUGCCCUCUCCCCUGGCCCCUGCCACUGUCCCCAGCCCCUCCUCUGUGCCCGCACACCCACGACCUUGUCUGUAUUUGAAAGGGGCCCUAAUUCAGGACCAUGACUGCUUGUCGACAUGUCUGUUCCUCCACUGGAUGGCGAAGUUGUCCAGUUUUGUUUCCCUGUGUCCUCAGUUCCUCAGCAAUGUCUGACAUCCAGUAGGUGCUACUGUCAUAACCAAUAUGGAAUAAACCAGUGAGUGAGUG